AACUUGUUCUUCCUCCUUUCUCUUUCAAGAAGGUCCUUUUGCAUUCGAUUGGAAUUACCGCGCCCGUUCCUUCUUAUUCUCGUCUUUUUUUGUUUUUUUCCACUCAUCCAAUUCAUUCAAGCAUCAUGGAUAAAAUCCCAGAACACCGUACUCAGAAUUUCAAGGCCAAGAGCGCUUUUAAGCCCGAAGAAUUGAGACGUAAUCGCAAUGAACUCAAUGUUGAACUUCGCAAGCAGAAGCGCGAGGAGAACUUAUCAAAGCGCCGCAACCUUGCCAUCGCAGCCGAAUCCGAAGAAUCGGAGGAGGAGGGUGUUGCCGCUGCCAACAUUCAGUUUCACGAGCAAUUGCCCGCUAUGAUUGCUGGAGUUAUGUCCGACAAUGUCGAGGAACAGCUUGGUGCCACUACCCGUUUUAGAAAGCUACUUUCCAAGGAACGCAAUCCACCUAUUGACGAAGUUAUUCGCUGUGGAGUCGUCCCGAGGUUUGUCGAGUUCUUGCGUUCUCCUCACGCUGUUGUUCAGUUUGAGGCUGCUUGGGCUUUGACCAACAUUGCCUCCGGCUCAUCAGUUCAAACACAAUACGUCAUUGAGGCCGGUGCUGUUCCUUUGUUCGUCGAAUUGUUGAGCAGCCCUGUUGCUGAUGUUAAGGAGCAGGCUGUUUGGGCUCUUGGAAACAUUGCUGGCGAUAGCCCACGUUGCCGUGACCAUGUUCUUGGAUAUAACGCACUGAGACCCCUGCUUGCUCUUCUUCAUGAAAACAACAAGCUUUCUAUGUUGAGAAAUGCUACCUGGACAUUGUCCAACUUUUGUCGCGGAAAGAACCCUCCUCCAGACUGGUCAUUGAUUUCUCCUGCUCUUGGCGUCCUUGCCAAGUUGAUUCACUCGACCGACGACGAAGUUCUGAUUGAUGCAUGCUGGGCAAUGUCUUACCUUUCUGAUGGCUCUAAUGAGAAGAUUCAGGCCGUGAUUGAAUCAGGCGUCUGUCGUCGUCUUGUUGAGCUGCUUAUGCAUCCCAUGGCGUCUGUCCAAACACCUGCACUUCGCUCGGUUGGAAAUAUUGUUACAGGUGAUGAUGUCCAGACGCAGGUCAUUAUUAACGCUGGAGCCCUUCAAGCUCUCCUUGCCUUGCUCUCAAGCCCCAAGGAAAACAUCCGCAAGGAGGCCUGCUGGACCAUUUCUAACAUCACUGCGGGAACCUGUAUUCAGAUUCAGAGCGUUAUCGACGCUAACAUUAUCCCUCCGCUUAUCGAUAUUCUUCAAAAUGCAGACUUUAAGGCAAAGAAGGAAGCUUGCUGGGCUAUUUCCAACGCCACUUCGGGGGCUCUCAGUAAGCCUUAUCAAAUUAAAUACCUUGUCAGCCAAGGAUGUAUUAAGCCUCUUUGCGACAUUCUGGUUUGCAUGGAUAACAAGAUCAUCCAGGUUGCAUUGGAUGGCUUGGAGAAUAUCUUGAAGGUCGGAGAGAUGGAAAAGGAGGCCACCAAUGGCGUCAACCAGUUUAGUUUGUACAUCGAAGAUUGCGGCGGUAUGGAGAAGAUCCAUAAUUUGCAGGCGCAUGAUAACACCGACAUUUACAAGAAAGCAUACGGUAUCAUUGACAAGUAUUUUGCUGAGGAGGAUGACGAGGAUACCGGACUGGCUCCUCAGGUUGAUGCUCAAACUGGAACAUUUGCAUUCAACCCCUCUGGUGCGCCCCAAGGCGGCUUCCAUUUCGACCCCAACAGCAUGCAAUAAGCUCUUAUUGUGUACUCAUUUCUUGUUUCACUAGUUCACUUUUCGUUCUAAUUCCUCAACUUUGUUUUUUAUUCACCUACUUCUAUAUCAUUUUCUACAUUGUAUUCCCCUCCAUUUUGUUUUGAUCUCCCAGUUUCUUGUUCAAAUACUCUGUUCUGUUACCCUUUUUUACACUCUACGCCCUUAUCCAACUCAAUAAAUGGACGAAAUAAAAUUGAAAUCUGUGAUUGCGAC